CACAAAGAAGAGUUCCGAGAUAAUGUCAAUCCCAGAGAAAAUUCAGGAGCCACGAAAUGUUGAUUUGGCGGCUGCAGGCCGAGGCGUGUGGCUUGUUAAGGUACCAAAGUAUUUACAGGAGAGAUGGGAGAAGAACAAAUCAACAAAAACAGAAGUGGGAAAGAUGAGAAUUACACGAUCCAGAUUUCCUGGACAGAAACCAAAAGUUACUUUCACUAUUGAUGAGGAGUUGGCGAAAGGGCCACCGGGAGAAAUGCCCAUUCCCCGGGAGCACAACAUGAUCCUGACAGGGCUGGGCAACCAGAACCUCGUGGUCUUUUCACAAACACCUGUCACCGUCAAACAAGAAUCUAGCUCAGGGUCAGUGGAUGUGGUAGCUUCAGACAGGAUAGCUGUGGAGGGCAAGGUCAUACAGAGGGCGGACUGUCAGCCAGACAAAAACAUAAGCUACAUGAAUCUCAAAAGAAAGCAGCUUGAAAUCAAGAACAAACCUCAGAGAGAAGUUAUACAGAUCACCAAAGUGGUCCCAAUGUAUAAGCCGGUCAACAACCACGUCCACAAUGCUCCUUCGACAGAUAAAAACAAAGUGGAGAAGAGGCUGAGGGAGGAUAAAGAGAAAGUCAUGGACAUCUUGUUUAAUGCAUUUGAGAAACACCAGUAUUACAACGUCAAAGACCUGGUCACUAUCACCAAACAGCCCAUAACUUAUCUGAAAGAGAUACUGAAGGAGAUAUGCACCUACAACAUGAAGGCGCCUCAUCGCAACAUGUGGGAGCUCAAGCCUGAGUACCGGCACUACAAAGAACAGCAGUCCUCCGGAUGACCUUCAGUUACCGACCAGGGUGAAGGUCGUCUGCACAUUUUGUCAUGCAGUUUUGAUUUCUCUUUUCAAAACUUUACAAAACAUCAUUUUCAUGUUUAUUUACAUCCCAGUCUGGACUAUAAAGGAGUGUCCCGCAGGUUUUGGGACAGUGCAACUGUAAUACAAGUCAUUGUUAUUAAAACUUGAAAAAACA